AUGGCCAUUGGCACAUUGGGAUCACCUCACACGCCUGACCUUCACAACUUACCUGACCUUGUUCUUGACAAAAUCCUUUCAUUCCUUCCGACUAAAGCUGCCGUCCAGGUGAGCUUUCCUUCCAAACAAUGGCAAGGUGUAGUCACCUCAUUCCCUACACUUGAUUUCAAUGAGCAUGAUGAUUUUGAGCGCCACCUUGGUGCUUACUUUCUCCAAGAACGUCAACAUCGUAGGUUCAUCAACUUCUUGGAGGGGUAUUUAGAUUUUCGUAACAAGUACGGCCAGAAAGAGCCCCUGGAUAAACUAAGUCUUCAUAUGAGGUUGUAUUGGCAUCCAGACGACAAUAAUAUUAUAGCUAAGUGGUUGAGAUAUGCAUGUCAGAUAGGCCUCAAAGAGUUGGAUAUCUGUCCAGGGGCAAGUGUCACUGAGCAUCUGGUUAAAAGUGAGUGGCCGCCGGAAUUUCCUUUGUACAAGUACUUUUACCGCUUGCCUUUGAUCGCCAUUGCUAGUGCAAAAUCUUUAACUAGUCUAAAACUAGGAUGUGUAAACGUUCCGGAACUCCACCGUGUGGGAGUAGUUCAGCCGCCACUUUUCCCGUCUUUGACAAUUCUGUCCUUGAAAGCUGUAAGGGUUGAUACGGACCAAGCUCUCAAUUCUGUUCUACGUGAGUGCCCGUCCAUCGCGUACCUCUCAUUAACAUAUUGUUCGAUUGGAAAUUCCAAGUGUUAUGUUUGCUGCUCAAGUCUCAAAUACUUGGAAGUUAAGUUUUGCGGGGUUGAUGAUAUUCGAGUUGAUCAAGCCUUCAAUCUCGAAUCUUUUUCAUUUGUUUCAGAGCGAGAUUCAAGAUGUGAAAAUAUGAUCUUGAAUAGUGCCUUCAACUUGAAAUUUAUCAAUGUUUCAGUUGAUUACAUGGGGGAAUUUUCUUUACUGGGAUGCCAUCGUGCACUAGAGGCCUCAAUCCAGUCCAAAAGGAUCCAUCGGUUCGAGUUCUUUGAUGGUUAUUUGAGUGCCAAGCUUUCCUUUAAAGAUCAGAGUCAUGAUGAGACCAUAAUUAUUGAUGAGGCCACAAUUUUAGUUGGGGAACUUUGGGACCAAGAACGGUUGUCGUCAGAUUCAACAUAUGUUCCCAGGUUGGUGAGCUUCAUUAAAAGUUUUAGCCGCUGCAAGGAAGUAAGCCCCUACAAUAAAAAAGUUCAGGCUCUCACCAUUUUUAAAAACUAUAGAAAGAUGACCUCUUUGCCACCAUUGCCUGUAACUUCCGCUUUGCUGGUGAGGAUACCGAACCCACCAGUAGUAGGAAGUAGAGACUUUAUAGAAUUGGAGGACUCGUUGCGAUGGAUUGCACCUUCUGCAAAGCUAUUGAUCAUGCCGGUGGAUGUUGAAGAGGACAGAAAGAAAGUAGACCAGAGAGCUAGGUCGACAUGGAGGCCAUAG